GUAAUAAAUUUAAUAUCUAUUGGGUCAUUUCUGAAUUAUUACAAUGAAUCAUAUCCUGCAUAGUUUUAAUUGCGUCUUUAUAUUAUUGACCAUAAAAUUUUGUCAAACAAGCAAACACUUCUCAGAACGUUUAAUAUCAAACAGUUCAGAUAUUCAUGAUGAAUCCAUCAGCAAUUAUGUGUUGGAUACAAAAGAUCCAAAUUAUAAUUCUCUUCUCAUUCAUCAGUGUCCCAUAAAAUGCUUUAUAGAACACGAUUCUCAGGAUAUGGUAAAUUGUAUUUCAAACGAAGAUAAAAAGUCACCAAAAUUAAAGAUGAUAUCUUGUGAACGAAAUACAGAAGCUGGUGUACUUGUUCUAGGUCAUAAAGAAUCUGUUCGAGGAAUUGUACCCGGUGCAUUGAGUCAUUUAUUGCAAACAUCAUCACCGACGAGUACGCUGCUAUCACGCAGUGGUCAACUAGAAUUUCAUUUAAAUUUGAAUAUGCUUCGAUUAGAUGCGAGAUGCUUUCAAGGUUUGGGUGGAUUGAUUACUGAUGUACGUUUGUUGAAUACGGUAUAUAUGCAUCCAGAUAGUUUAAUCGACUUACAGCAUUUAAGAUCAUUUGAAAUGGAGAGCGGCCAAACGCCAUUAUAUUUGUCAGACGAUUAUGUGGAGAAUGGAAAAUACUUUCAAUCGGAUGUAGAAGAAGCAAUAGGACAAAUUAAUAAACCUGUAUUUAUUCGUCUAAACCCGCUAGACAAUACAGUACCGAUUACUUUUAAUUUAAACACAAAAUGUCAUAAAUGUGCACUAAUUGAUGACAAUGAUGUGAGUAACAGUAAUGAUAUGAAUGACAGAUCUCCAACAAAACCGGAUAAUUUAAUUAUUAUAGUAUUUACAAACAAACGUGAUCUGCCAACAUCACAAUACAAUUCACUUAAGUUAAGUAUGAUAUUUCCAUAUACCUGUCCAUUAAUCAAAGAUGGGAUCGGUUGUUUAAGACAAUCUGAUCUAACUGCAAUUGAUCAAGACAACUCAACUGAAAUGAACUCACUUUCAAAUAAACAAUCAUUACCAGAAUCACGAUCAGAAUCCUCAUUAUUAAAUAUUUCAGUUAUUGAACAAUUGAAAACAAUGACAUCUAUACAAACGGAAAGCAAACAUACACUAUCUCUUUCAAUUAUAUUAAUAAUAUGGUGCACAAUCAUCACAAUUAGUUUUAUUGUAGUUAUAUUAAUUGUACUAUAUUGUAUAAAAAAUCGUUUCAUUAAAAUUCCAUUAUCAACAAAAGUUGCGCAGAUAACACCAUUUAGCUUGUUCCAUUUUUGUGGUCAACAGAAUUCGUCGAUUGACGGUGAUGAAGUGAAUGGUAAUGACGACGAUAAUUAUGACGGUGAUAUGGAAGAAAUCAGUUCUAAUUCAGUUUCUAGCGGAUUUUUUGCCCAACAACCUAAAACAUAUGUAACCAGUGAAAAAAAGGAAUUACUCCCAUACACGAGUGACAAUAUGACAAAUUUUAUUAUCAGUAGUAAAAAUACUCGAAAUAGUACGAAUGGUACGCGUAGUUCGUGGAGCAGUUUGCAAAUAACUAACAACCCUUCUAUAAAUGCCAGGACUAUACAAUGUCGUUGUAGUGUUAUAAGUCUUAAAGAUUCAAAACCAACCAAUUCAAACACGUAUGGUGCCUUAUGCAACAUCCUCCAGUCAAACAAACAUAACAAUCAACAACAUUCUGAUAAACGAAAUAAUCAUUAUCCCUACAAAAAAACAUAUUUAUCUAAGAGACGUAGUAUUGGCAGUCAGACAGACUUUACUGAUAUUGAGUCAGAUAAUGCGGAGGCAUAUUGUACUUUAGAUAGGUAUAUUAUGCAAAAGCAUAAGAGAUAUCCAUAUACUGCUAAUAAUAAUAAUAAUGAUAACAUUUUAUCAAAACGCACAGCGAGUAAUCACAUUUUGCCUUAUUUUCGAAACAAUAAUUUAAACCAAAUGGAUGGAAUAGUCAUUACCAAGUCAAGUAUUUAUUCAAAUAAUUUAUUUAGUCAUAGCAAUAUUACUAUGAAUAAUAAUACUAGUGCAAAUAAUGAUAAUACUGAUAGUAAUGUGAGUAGGACUUUUCAAAAUUAUAACGAUACCUCAGUUGCUAAACGGUCAAUUAACAAUGGCACAGAUGUAUUCAUUCUAAUGAUUGAUAACAAAUCUAAAUCUGUACGUAAUCUACCUCGUACAAAUCCUAUUCGUCAACUUUCAAAUCCAGUAAAUAAACAAGGUGAAUACAUGAAAGGUGACUGGAAGCAUCACGAAGUUUCCAAUGGUUCCGUGAUCUAG